AUGCCAACCUACGACACCCCAGUCGCCGCCAUGAAUUAUUUCUCCCUAGUCGACCCUACAGGGGGGAACCGCCGACGGUGGCAGGAUUUCUCCUCUACCCGGACACUCCUGCUAAGAUGGAGACCACAUCCCGAGAAGCUUUCUGCUUUAGACCUGUCCCACAACCAGACAGAGGAGACCGUGUCGCCCAGAACACACAGCAGGGCUCCCACCGUUCUCAUCCCACAUCCUCGAGACAAACAGGAACAGGAAACAGCAGAAGGGACGGUGAGCAAGGGGAGGACGAGCAGGAAGGCAACUGUAAGGCGUACACCUGCCCUCCCGCAGCCAGACAACAUCGCCAUCAACCCUGCCUUCAGGAUCGAGUUCAGCACGGUCCAAAGAGAGGCUUACCCUUGUUGGCCCAUCAUGAAUCCCAGGUGUGCUGGCAGGCUGAGAGUGGCCUCGUCCGGUCAGCCAAACAUGACUUCUGACUGA